AUGAGACCUGAUUUAUUUAAGGCUACUAUAGCUGGAGUACCAUUUGUAGAUGUUGUGACUACAAUGCUUGGUCCAACUAUUCCUCUUACAACUGCAGAAUGGGAGGAAUGGGGUGAUCCUCGGAAAGAAGAGUUCUACUUUUACAUGAAAUCAUAUUCACCAGUUGAUAAUGUUGUCAAGAGUGAUAUUCAGGAUGUGAUUGAUAAAGAUGGUGAGGGGUUCCCUAUGGUCACAAAAAAAGCUGGAAAUGCAGGGACUGCUACUGUGAAGGGGUACGGUACAGGUGAUAUUCAUCCCCAUGUUUCUGGAAGCAAAGGUAGUAAUUGGAAUGGAGGGAAUAACAAAAGAGGAAGCUAUAAUAGUGUUAAUAAGGAUAAGCAGGGGCAGUCUUCUCCUGAUUCUAUGGAAAAGAUAUCAGCAGAAUCCUGUCCUACUUCUGAUCUGUUGGUCAAUAAUUCUGACAGUGGUCAAACUGAGGCUAUAGAAUCUAAGUGUGAUACCAGUGUGAAUUCCAAUCUUGGGAACCAUGAUUGUUUAAAUCCUAUGAAUGACAUCCUUGAUACCAUACAUCUGAACAUUUCUAUUUGUUAUCAGAAUUGUUACUUUGCUCUAAGAAAUAAUUGUCAUAAACGGAUUACUCUACCAUACACAGGGGACAAAUACCUGCUUCAUAAACAAAGCACAAAAUGGAUCACAAUUAUGACAAUGGCGCCUCCAAGGCUGGAAAAGGGUGCCGGGGUGUUAGAUAAGCCAGUAAUAGAGAAAACAACUCCUGGAAGAGAGUCUGAGUUUGACUUGAGGAAAUCAAGGAAAAUGGCACCACCAUAUAGAGUGAUGCUACACAAUGACAACUACAACAAGAAGGAAUAUGUUGUGCAAGUGUUGAUGAAGUUAACUAGAAUUGGCCGAGAUGCCGUUUUAUAUGUUGAGUCGUUCGUUGAGUCAAUCAUGGGAGGAUUUGAAGAGCUAAUCAACAUUCUUGGUUCUGAAGGAGGUUUUGGCUCUUUGGAGACACAUAGAUCUUGGGAGCCAAGUGAUAAAGCUGAUCUUCACUUUGUCUACAAAGAUGUUGAAGGAGUAUCAACUCAAUGGGAUGAUAUUCAAAGAAAACUCAGGAACUUACCUCCUAAACCCUCUGCCUUCAAACCCGAUCCCUUCACUCCUGCAGAAGAUGAAGAUUCCAAACCUAAAACCAAAUCUCGGAUCGAUAAAAAGACAGAAGAACUCAAAGAUUUAGAAGAUGAUCUUGAUGAUAGUUGUUUCCUCAAAGAAUACAAAAAGAGGUUAGCAGAGAUGAAGCAAACAGUGGAAGUUUGA